AUGAAAGAGGUGCUAAGAAGUAUCGGAGUUCAUUAUGACACAGAUGAAAAUGAGGGGGAGCUUAGUAGCAAACUCAAAGCAGCCAUUCAAGAGGAAAGUUUCUUCCUUGUGUUGGAUGAUGUUUGGCAGUCUAAUGUGUGGACUGAUCUACUGAGAAUCCCAUUGGAUGCUGCUGCUACUGGGGUGGUUCUAGUAACUACUAGAGAUGAUACAGUUACACGGGCAAUUGGGGUGGAAGAUGUGCACCGUGUUAAGUUGAUGCCCAUAGACGUGGGAUUGGAGCUGCUCUGGAAGAGUAUUAACACUAAAGAAAGGGAUGUGCCCGAUAAUCUGCGUGAUAUUGGGCUGGAUAUAGUCAGGAAAUGUGGUGGAAUUCCUCUUGCUAUCAAGGUUACUGCUAGUGUUCUAGCAACAAAAGAGAAAACUGAAAACGAGUGGAAAAAGUUUAUAGAUAGAAGUGCUUGGUCUGUGAGCAAUGUUCCUACAGAGCUAAGAGGUGCUUUGUAUUUGAGUUAUGAUGAUCUACCACGAUAUUUGAAGCAAUGUUUCCUGUAUUGUGCCUUAUAUCCAGAAGAUCAGUUUAUGUUGCGUGAAGAUCUUGUAAGGUUUUGGGUCGCCGAAGGUUUUAUAGAAAAACGACAAGAACAACUUCUGGAAGAUACAGCUGAAGAAUAUUACUAUGAGCUGAUACACAGGAAUCUCCUUCAACCAGACCCUAGAUUUUAUGACCAUAGGUGGAGCAAAAUACAUGACCUUUUAAGGCAACUUGCUCAACAUUUAUCAGGUAGAGAAAUAUUUUUUGGAGACCUACAGUCAUUGGAGGCUAAAGAUUUGUCCAAUCGACGACGCAUUUCAGCUUUUACUGACAAGGAUUCUGUAAUGCUCUCCAAUGUGGGUCAGGAGCAUAUUAUUAGAGCAAGGACAUUGAUGAUUCGCUCUCGCAAGACACCAAGAAUUGCAAAUACAAUAUUCAGGAGACUUCCAUCCAUCCGAGUUUUGGAUCUGACGGAUUCAUCUAUAGAAAGUAUUCCAGAUUGCAUUGGAAGUUUGAUACAUCUACGAUUACUUGAUCUUGAUGGGACAAUCAUAACUUAUCUUCCAAAGACCAUAGGUUUUCUCAUAAACCUACAAAUACUGAAUUUACAGAGGUGUAAUGCUUUGCGCAACCUUCCUAUGGAAAUCAAUCAGCUGUGCAAAUUAAGACGCCUUGGUCUUGGCGGUACAACAAUAGAUCGGGUUCCCAACGGGAUAGGUAAAUUAAAAUUUCUUAAUGAUUUAGAAGGAUUUCCCAUUGGCAAUGGAAAUGAUAAUACAAAAACACAAGAUGGUUGGAACUUGGAAGAGUUGGCUCCACUUUUGCAGAUGCGGCAGCUUCAUAUGAUUAAAUUGGAAAGAGCAGCUCCCUGUAGUACCACUACCAGUGAAAUACUAAAAGACAAAAGGCAUCUCAGAGUUUUGAAUCUAGAAUGCACUGAACGAACAGAAGUAUAUUCAGAAGAAGAAAUUAGCAAUAUUGAGACGAUCUUUGCUCGGUUAAUCCCUCCCCGCAACCUUGAAGACCUAUACAUCACAGGAUUAUUUGGUCAGAGGUAUCCCGCCUGGCUUGGUACUUCCCAUUUGUCUUCAGUGAAACAGCUGUACCUCACAAAAUGUAAAUCAUGCGUGCAUCUUCCACCAAUGGGGCAGCUACCCAAUCUGAGAUAUCUGAAAAUUGUGGGGGCAGCAGCAAUAAACAAGAUUGGACCUGAAUUUCAUGGUUGCAGGGAGACUAGUCCCGGAUCUUUGGGGGUAGUUGCUUUUCCCAAGCUUGAAAUGUUGGACAUAAUAGAUAUGCCCAACUGGGAAGAGUGGUGCUUUGUUGAAGAAAGAGAAAAUGAUGCAACAGUAGGGAUAGGAGGGGAAGAUGAUGGAGGUGUUGAUAUACAAAAUCGGGAUGGCGUAUCUUCAUUUCUGCAGCUGCUGCCUCGUUUGAAGGAGCUGAGACUCGAUGGCUGCCCCAAGCUGAGAGCCCUCCCAUGGAAGCUUGGAAAGGAGGCCACAAGUUUGAAGAAGCUCAAAUUAGGAGGAACAAGCUGCUUGAAGGUGGUAGAUGGCCUUUUGUUCCUCACUGAGACCCUACAAAUCAUGGGCUGUGAGGGUCUGGAGAGGGUAUCGAGUUUUCCACAAGUGAGGGAGCUGCGUGCACAGGCUUGUCCAAAGUUAGAGCGUGUUAAUGGAUUCGGCAAUUUGCAGCACUUGUGGUUGGCUGAGGAUAUGGAACAGAUCGCCAGGCGUUGGGUGCCAGGGCUUCAAGAACAGCACCAGCGACUUCAUAAGGAAGGCAUUGAUGUCCACACAUGGAUUUACUAG